AUCUCGUCGUCAGAGACUGAGAGAGGCCAGCCAGAGUUUUACUUCACUUGUUGCUCCAAGCAGAAGAGGGUCGCAAGUGGGGGCGCAAGCAUGGCGGCCGCCACGGUAGAGGACCUGCUGCACGCCGACGUGCUGGGCUGCGCGCUGCGGCGCCUGGACGGGCGGUCGCUGGCCGCCGCCAGCUGCGCCACGGCGGGGCUCCGCGCGCUCGCCGCGGACCCGGAGACGUGGCGCGCGCUCUGCCUCGCCGAGUGGCCGUCGCUCGCGCUGCCGGGCCCGGGCGCCCGCCUCCUCGCCGCCGCGAUCCCGCCGCGCCGCCUCUUCGCCGACGCCUUCCCGUUCCCGUCCCCGGAAGCCGCGGCGCUCGCUGGCGAGCUCCACCUGCCCGUCCCCGCCGGGGAGCUGGUCUCCGCGGUGGACGUCUGCUGCGGGGGCGCGCCGCUGCUGUCCCGCGUGGUGGCGACGCCCGCGUCGUCGCCGUGGUUCCUCGGCUCCCCGUUCCGCGUCGAGGCCGUCGAGCGCAAGAGGCCGCCGGCGCCGGCGUCCGCGGCGCCCGCGCCCGCGGAGCUGGAGCUCAGCUGGGUGGUCGCGGACCCGGCGCGGGGCCGGGCGGUGAACGUCUCCAGCCGGCGUCCGGUGGCCGUGGACCGGCACUGGUACACGAGCGAGACGCUGGUGCGCUUCGCGGUCGUGCUGGGCGGGUGCAAGUUCGAGGCCACCGUGGCCUGCGCCGAGGGCUCCGGCCACGUCGCUGAGGUCGCCCUCGCCGUCGAGGACGCCGACGGCGCCGCCGUCAGCGGCGAGGGCACGCUGCGGCUCCUCGCCGCGGCGAUGGAGGCGCCCAGGAGGGGAGGGGAGCGGGAGCCGGAGGAGGCCAAGAGGCGGUACCACGAGUUCGUGAGGCGCAAGAAGGGGAGGAAGGAGAGCAAGGCGCGGCGCGAGGCACUCGUGGACCUGUGCUGCUCCGCCGCCAGCGCCGCCGUCGUGCUCACCUUCCUCGCCGCGGUCGCGCUCCGGUGAUCACUGAUCGGCGCCUGCCUGCAGGCCGCCCGGACGGACAACUGCAGUCCUGUUCUUUUUUUUUUGCUUUUUUUUUGACGCUGACGAACUGGCGCAAUAAAAUGUAGUGCUACUCUGCUGAUCAGCCGUCAGGUGCACUAAAGUUGUCAUUAGCGUACAACAUCGACCACUAAUCUUUUCCGUAACGCUUUUUUUUUCCGUCCUGGUAGUAACAGUGAGGAACUGGACAACAUCAUGUCCUCUGCACUGAUGUGCGUCGUUUUCCUUUAACAAACAAUGUGACAACAAAACAGGAGAAAAUAUCUGCCGUUGAGUGCAUUAUUAUCUUUCA